AUGGCUUCAGAACAGAAGGUAGCAGAGAACAAGCUAUGGGGAGGCCGUUUCACAGAGGGCCUUGACCCAGUCAUGGAGCAGUACAAUGCUUCUCUACCGUACGACCGUCUGUUCUACGCCGAGGAUAUUGCCGGUUCAAUCGCGUUUGCUCGCGCCAACAAGAACACUGGCAUCCUGACCGCCGAUGAGUUCGCUGCCAUCGAGAAGGGCUUGGCACAGAUCAAGGAGGAGUGGGCGUCAAAGACCUUCGAGGUUAAGGCCAAUGAUGAAGACAUUCACACUGCCAACGAGCGACGACUCAGCGAGAUCAUUGGCAAGGAUAUUGGAGGAAAGCUCCACACAGGGCGUAGCAGGAACGACCAAGUCGCAACAGAUCUACGGUUAUGGCUGAGGGAACAGCUCAGGACACUAGAAGGCUACCUGAAGCUUCUCAUAAAGACAUCAGUACAGCGAGCAGAGGCUGAGAUCGAUGUGUUGAUGCCCGGCUACACACAUCUCCAGAAGGCACAACCAAUCCGAUGGUCGCAUUGGAUCCUCUCACAUACCACCGCUUUCGCGUCUGAACUCGAGCGCCUCCGCGAAGUCAUAAAGCGUGUGAACCGUUCUCCUCUGGGAUGCGGUGCGCUGGCUGGCAACCCUUUCGGCAUCGACCGUCAUGCUAUGGCCAAGGAGCUUGGAUUCGAAGGCCUGCUUCCAAACUCGCUCAAUGCUGUCGGAGAUCGCGAUUUCGUCUUCGAGACGAUGCAAUGGGGGUCAAGCCUCAUGCUUAAGAUGUCGCGCUGGGCGGAGGAUCUGAUCAUCUACUCGAGUCUGGAGUUUGGCUUUGUGCGACUAGCCGACGCCUACUCCACAGGAAGCUCCCUGAUGCCGCAGAAGAAGAACGCAGACUCCCUGGAGCUGAUCCGGGGAAAGAGCGGCCGUGCUUUCGGACACAUGGCAGGAUUGUAUGUCACCAUCAAGGGUCUACCCACAACUUACAACAAGGACUUGCAAGAGUCUGUUGAGCCUCUCAUCGACCACAUUAAGACGGUCAGCGACUCCAUUCAGAUCGCCACCGGUGUCCUAUCAACUCUGACGGUCCAAGCCGACAAAAUGCAUGCCGCGCUCACCCCAGAGAUGCUGGCUACAGAGUUCGCAGACUACCUUGUCCGAAAGGGUGUACCAUUCCGUGAGGGUCACCACAUCUCUGGUCGUGUCGUCGCCUUGGCAGAAAAGGAGAAUGUACCCAUGGACAAGCUGAGCUUGGAGCAGCUCAAGGGUAUUGACUCGCGAUUAGGCGACGAUGUGGUUGAGUGCUUAGACUAUGAGCGUGCAGUAGAGCUGAAGAAUGCUACUGGUGGUACAAGUAAGAGUGCUGUCAUGGAGCAGAUCGACAUCCUGAAGGCGAUUCUCUAG